AUGGCGGACAAUUACCUCGUCAUUUCCAACCCGAGCGCGUGCGUCGCGUCGACCAAUAGCACCCACUGCGCGGCGGAGUUCCGCGUGGCGCGGCGCUCUCUAGGCGUGGUGCCGCAGUCGCAGGAGCAAGUAACCGUUGCCAUGGUUGCGGGGGUGCGAGCGCAAGUCGCGGCGAUCAUCGCGGCGGCGGACGAAAUCAAAGCCAGCAACGUGCGGAACGAUCACUUCACGAACGCCAUGGCGCGGGCCUGCGCGCGGCAGGCGAACAUCGCGCUGCGAUACCUGGGGCAAGCGGGCGACGCCAUCGAAGCCGGCACGAAUCAGCGCGACGUGCCGUAUUGGCUCGCUGCUGCCGACACGCAGGUCGAUAACUGCGUCGAUGGAUUCCAAACCUUCUCGCCCUCGACGGAGGGGCUCCCCGCUUACAUACACCUCGAGUACACGGCUAAGAAGGCGGGUAGCACGCUCGAAGCGCUCGUCUCCAUCACCAACGCCGCCGCGAAAGCCGCCGUAGCCGCCGCAACCGACGUCCCAUCGACGGAGGAGGACGUGGCGCCCGUGCGCGGACGCCGCAUGGCCGUCCGAUCCAGCAGCGGCGCGGGAUCCGCGGGGAGCGGCGCGUUGGACUGGCUCGAGCCGGGCUUGUACGCACAACUGCAGGAGCUUCAGACGAGGAUGAACGCCGAGUUCGCCGCCGGUGCUGGCGGGGAGGAUUCGGUGGGCGGCUACUUGGGGAGAAGGCAAUUAGAUGACGACGAUGAUGAUGACGAGGAGGAGGAGGAUAGGAAGGACGAGGAGAAGAAGGCUAAGAAGGAGCAGGAGAAGAAGGAUAAGGAGGAGAAGAAGAAGAAGAAGAAGAGCAAGGAGAACGAGGACAGCGAAAGCGAUAGCGGCGAUAAGAAGAGCAGCAAGAAGAAGAGCAGCAAGAAAGCGUCUCCCACCGCUGGCCCGAUGGUCGUCAGUCCGUCCCUUACCGCCAGUGCGACCGUCGGAUCUGGGUACUCGACGAUCCAGGCCGCGAUUGACGCCGCACCCGGCGGCACGCGGUUCGUGAUUUACAUCCCCGCGGGGACGUACAACGAGCAGGUGCUUAUAGAGACGACGGAUAUUGUUCUUAUCGGCGCCGGCGCGGAUAAGACGAUUAUCACUGGCGACGAGAGCUAUGGCAGCGGCUCGGGAACGUUCGAGUCUGCCACUGUUGGUGUCGAUAGCGACAGGUUCGUCGCGUUCGGAAUCAAGUUCGUCAACACGGCAGGUCCCGAGAACCACCAAGCCGUCGCGUUCCGCGCCACGGGCGACCAAACAGCUCUUUUCGACUGCGCGUUCGACGGCGCGCAGGACACGCUGUAUGUGGACGCGGGACGACAAUACUACAAGAACUGCUGGAUUGGCGGCUCGAUGGAUUUCAUUUUCGGCGACGCGGCGGUUGUAAUCGACGCGCCGAAGGUCCAACUACACCCGAGCCCUUCGUUUGUGACUAUAACGGCGUCGGGGCGCAAAUCGGAAACGCCAACCGGGAUCGUGAUUCGCGACGCGGACAUCGCGGCGGACAGCGGUACUACCGAGGUGUAUCUGGGCCGUCCGUGGAAGAAAUGCGCCUUCACCGUUUUCAUCAACGCCAAUCUCCCCGCGAAGAAAUGCUCCCUCACCGUUUUCAUCAACGCCAACCUCCCCGCGGUCAGUGAUCGAGAAGGACGGCUGGUUGUCGUGGAACGAGGGCAGCUGCAUGUAGCCUCACCUCUUCCCUGCCUUCUCAUCAUUCCUCAUCACCUCUGUUUCCGCGCCUCCAUCCCUCCGCAGGUGAUCGAGAAGGACGGGUGGCUGUCGUGGAACGAGGGCAGCUGCAUGAUCCUGGCGGAGGCGGGCAGUAAGGGUCCUGGCUGCAUGGUCACUCACCUCCUUUUCACCUCCUUCCAUCCCCUCCUCCCCCAACCCCAUCCACCCUCAUUCCCCCCUCAGGUGAUCGAGAAGGACGGGUGGCUGUCGUGGAACGAGGGCAGCUGCAUGUUCCUGGCGGAGGCGGGCAGCAAGGGGCCGGGCGCGGCCUCCCCCCGCGCGGAUUGGGUGGAGCCGGGGAUUAUCACUGACGUGAGCGGGUAUGACGCGAAUAGCUUCACUGAAGUGAACAGCUGGCUUAGCUGGGCCGGGUAG